AUCAAUUUGGGGGGCAAGAGACAAAUGUGGAGAGAAGCCGGUUAUUAAACGGGUCAUCUUCCAAACAGGUGAACAUCCUCCCGAGUAAUUUCCUUCUAGAGAUUUCUGUGCCUGAAAACUCUAAGGAACGUUUUGCCUCUGGUUUCUGAAGGCAAGUUCACUCUAGGCCUGAGUGGGUAGUAUGAAAGCGGAUUGCUUAAUCCAUGGACAUUUUCCCACUGUGCAGUCAUGAUGUGAAGCAUGCCACUACCAAAUUUUGACACGGAUUGCAGUUCCCAUCACUUAACACAUACGUAUUGCAAUUUGACAUGUACUGUAAUUCCCAUUCCUUAACCCAGCCUCAGACUGUCAAAUUCUGAUGAGCCUGGAAUAAGCGAGGCAUUGACUGUCAAGUAGCAGAGGCAUUUACCGGCAAGUAAUCAAGCUGUAAUUUCCCGACACCUGCCUAGAGGUGGGCAGAUCCCCAAGUGCACAGUUAACGUGGUAGCCACUGCAUUAUGACAUGACUCCCUCAUCACAGCCGGUGGCUUUAAGCUCUGGUCAGGCAGAGCUUGUGUUCAAUCUAAAUCUAAGAUGAAGCAGUGACUUUGGCGCCUAUGCUGAGAUGUUCUGUGGAGUGGUGCCUCCUGACUACGGUUAGUUGGUGGUGUGGCCUAGAAGAAAGAACACUUCUCACCGAGGGCCAGCUCUGUCCACAUUGCAGCGUGAAUUCAGGCACAAACCGCGCUCCUUCUAAGCACUUCAGUGUCCCACCAAGGGGAUACUUAUUAUCAUGCUUAUCUCAUGGGAUCAUUAUAAGAACGAGUGAGAUGCUUAAAUGUCAUACUAACAUUAGAUUACAUUAUGAAUUGCCUUGGUGUUCAACUAUUCUUGAAAAUGCUACACCAGCAGGUGUCAGUGGAAGGGCAGGUUCUGAUGCUUCUAGAAUACCUUCUUCCACCUCAGCUCAGCCCCGGGCCAGAUUUCUACAAGCCAACCUAAGUGGCAACUUCAUUUUAGACCCUUUUCCAAGCUACGUGCAACCUUUUGAACUGUUUAAUCAGAUUAGAAUUUAACAGGGAAAUAAAUAAACAUCAGCUCCACAUAACCACCUGGAAGCUGGAUGAGUUAGUAGACUGAAAAAUGAAGUGGUCUCUCCAUAUGAGCAGGAACUCAUCUCCCCAGAACAGCUGCUGGCCUAGGGGAGCUGCUGCGACAGGGCCCCGGCAUGUUCACGGGAAGGGACUGGAGCCCAGAUUUCCCCAUUGAAAAUGAUUAGCCCAGGACCUGGGGACGUGAACCUUCUAUGAAAACAGACGUCCUGGGCUCUUCUCCUCUUCCAAGAUCCUGUAUCCUUGCUGGAAGGGGUGUUCAAACCUCAAGGACUGAGGACACAUGGUCACUGCAUUUACUUCGUUGGCAAAGAAAGUAGAGACAAGAUCUCCUUUUUUCAAGAGCACCAUUUGCUCUGCUAAUAGGACAAGGAUGAUUGUCCUUUCACCAUCAUCAACCGAGCAACUAAGUAUUUAGAUUGCAGGUCACAAGGGCCCAGCCUGACUUUGGAAGGAGGCAGUGCACCUGAUCCCAGCAGCAGCUGGCUCUGCCCCAGGCCUGCCCGAGCCAGGGUGUUUACAUCAGCGAGAUCACCUGGGUCUCCGGGAAAGUGAGAGUGAUAGUGAGGAGGAUCUUCUAGCCCAACCUAUCAAGAAUUCUGCGAUGAACUUUGAUUCCAGACUUCCAGCAAUUGACCAAACAUCCGUCAAGCAGAAACAUAAAAGUACCAUGACUGCAAGGCAACCAGAGAAAGUGGGCUCCAGCAAACCCUCUCCAGCAGCCCCGCCACCGCAGAUUUUGUCACGGAAGAGGAGGCCAAACCUGGGGAGAAUGACGGUCAGCCCAGACAUGCAUAGCCCAAGAGGGGCUGGCGACAGAAGCAGACAGAAAUCACAGCUGCCAGGGAAGGCGCCGGCUCUCUGGGGAGCAGAUGCAGUUCAACGAGAAGGCCCAAUGUGGGCAAGUGACACUAAGCUGAAGAGGCCAAUUCUAGAGAGAAGAAACUUGGUCCCAUCCUCACAGCCUUUGGCGAUGAGCAAGAACGCCUCUGAAAGAGCCAGAAAAGGGGACCCACGUACCCUUUCCCAGAAUGAGCCACACCCAGCCCUAUCCCAGGCCUUCCCAGGAAUGAACAGUCCUCGAGUACUGAGUGAGGCCUUGGGGCCACCACUCUUCACCACCACCAUGGGAGGGUCGAGAAGGGUGCCAUUUAGGUUCAGAGAUGAAGAUUUUUAUUCCAUGUUAUCAUUAAGUCAUGGAGAUGAAGAUGAUGACACUGAAGAGGAAAUCCACGCAGAGGAAGAACUUUUGUUGCUCGGUAUGCACUCAUCCCGUUCUCCUUCCAAUCAUAAGAGAAGUCAAUUUCUUGGAACUCAGGCCAAAAAUAAAAACUGUAAAGAAAAUCCUGAAAAUUGCAGGGCUAAUUCUGUAAGGAAUGAGUCCAGUCAUGGCUCACUAGGAAUCAGCAAUGUAAAGGAGCCAGUGAGAGAGCAGCCUUCUGUUGGGCAAAGGAUGUUCCAAGACCCCAGGCUGCCUGACGGGGAGUCUACUAAAGAGAAAGACAGUGGUGACAGUGAAAAUGAGAAAAAGACCUUUCGUUCACAGGACACCAAAUUCAAACCUAAUCUCGAUGAUGAUCUCAAUGCUGAAAAUGUAUUUAGUGAUCCUGCUUCUCUAGAAGACAGGCCUGGGACCCAUGAUUAUGAAAGAGAAUGGCAAACCCAUUUAAAUAGUUCUAGUACUUCUCUUGAUUAUUUUGUUUCUGGAAGACCAACAGCCCCAAGAUCAUCAAUAAAUUCAUCUUAUAACACUCCUGGAUCAUUAAUGCAUUCUGCCCCAAGAGAAGACAUUCCAGGAGACUUGUCAAUGACAUCGACUUUAGUUCACAGUUCAGACUCAGAGGGAAACUCAAGGUUUAAUGUUCGUCAACCACUGUCUCCAAUUAGAAACAGGAAUCCAUCCGCCAGUGCCGAAGACCACAGUUACUUUCCAGUAAACAGUGCACAUGAAUUUGGUGUCAGGGGAGCGGAAGCUAAUCCUUUAACAAGUCAGUCUCAGAGGGCUUCAGUGCAUACAGAAGAUCUCUUACUAAAUUCUCAAAGCAGCAUGCCGCUGGCGGAGCCUUCCGGCUCCUUUCCAUCAAGAAUGAACUUACAAGGCCACUUGCUUGUGCCUGGGUCCCUGCAAGAAAAUAUGCCAUUUACUUUCUUUGCAGUGUCUGAUUUCUCAAACCAAAGUGGUAAUGGGGACAGAAGGGCAGUCUUUGGUUUCAUAGAUGAAAAAGAAGCCACUAAAGAAAAGGCAGACCCAGAGAAACUCAAGAAAUUGCAAGAAAGUCUCCUGGAGGAGGACUCAGAGGAGGAGGGAGACUUGUGUCGCAUCUGUCAGAUAGCCGGGGGUUCCCCCACCAACCCCCUCCUGGAGCCUUGCGGCUGUGUGGGAAGCCUGCAGUUUGUUCACCAGGAGUGCCUGAAAAAGUGGCUGAAAGUGAAAAUAACAUCAGGGGCGAAUCUAGGCGCUGUGAAGACCUGUGAGAUGUGUAAGCAAGGCCUGCUGGUCGAUUUGGAUGAUUUUAACAUGACUGAGUUCUACCAGAAGCACCAGCAGUCCCGGCUGCAAAAUGAGCUGAUGAACUCCGGCUUGUACCUGGUGCUGCUGCUCCACCUCUAUGAGCAGAGGUUUGCGGAACUCAUGAGACUCAACUACAGCCGGGUUGGGAGAGAGCGGAUUCCGAGUUGGGAGAUGGAAAUGAAAACAGCAUUUAUGAAGGCAACAGGCGGGUCAUCUAGCAAGGAGCUGGCCAUGGAGCUCGGCGGAGACCUCUCCCCCAGCCGCCCUUUCUAUGCCCCCAGGUGCCUCCCUCCCUCCCUCCCUCCUCUUUACUGAAACCGAGACCAUGUGUCUGCAGUUACCGUGUUUACUUUAUGCCACUCCCUUCUUGGGGUUUGGCUUGAGCGUCUACGGACAGCAACA